UUAAAAAUUGGCAGACACAUUGAAAUUUUAAAAUCGACCGUUCUUAACGUAAAGCAUGUAAUUGUCGUGCGUUGCCUGGCAACCUUCAAAUUGGACACCAGUGGCCCAAACACUGCCGAAAAGGGCCACAACAAAUGUUGGCAUGGAAAAUGCCAUUGGCCACUGCAGCCGGCGCAGCUAAACCAGGUGAAGCGGAACAGGAACAGGACAGAAACUGGAAUGUCUUUCAAGGAUGUGCGAGAUCUCGGAGAGCAGCUAAAGCUGUUGGGGUUCCCUAGGGUUUUCCCACUCCAGGCAUUGGCCAGUCCCCAUGGCAGCCUGGCCAGCUUCCACAUUGUGGCCGAACUGCUGCAAUGGCUGGCGGGUCUAAUGGAGCCAGGUGCCUCCCUGCCCGGGGGCGUGGAGUCUGAGGAGCACAGGGUGUUGCUAGUGCGUUCUGCAACCGAGUUUUUCGUCACCAAGGCGGCCAUUCGCCUAAACCCCCGGAAACUCUAUGCUGCAGCUUCGGUGACUGCCGCUGAGCUGCAGAAGAUAACCCGACUCCUGACAGCUCCAGGCGGCCAAACCGAAACUGACCACGAGGAUGAGGAACAAAGGGAUCAGUACCGGAGCCUGAAUCCCGUGGAUAUUGGCGAUAAAAUGGAGGAUCUGCGUAAGGCUAGAGAACUAGCCACUGACUUAACCCAGCGGGGAGCUACGCUCUAUGAUCUGCUCUCCAAGGAGCUGCUCAAUAAGGAGGCCAGGACGGCGCAGGCUCAACGUCCUUUGGAGCUCCUGAGCGUGGAGCGAACUCUAAAAAAUGCCAUUCAAUCAAAUCAGCUCCGGUUGCAGUCUAGCAAAGCCCAAUUGGAAGCCACACGAGUGGAGUUGAAUGCCCUGGGAUCCAAACUGCAGCGCCGAAAGGCUGAGUUGGAGAGGACUCGCCAACGACUGGAGGCAUUGCAUCGGAUCCGUCCUGCUCACAUGGCGGAGUUUGAGGACUGUGAGAAGGAGCUGCAGCAGUUGUUCCAGCGCUACUUUCUGCGCCUCCACGUCCGUGAUGCUCUGCGAUUUCAGCUUGAGUCCCGUACGAAAAGGGCCACGCCCAUUGCCUCUCCUGUUUUGCAAAAGACAGCCGAAAAUUCCAUGCCCUUCAUCCCAGAAGGGCUCAUCGAAGACGAUGACGACGACGAUGACCUGGACGAUGAUGACGACGGCGAGAAUGCUGGCGAAGGCAUUUCGAACCCGGGUCUCGAAAUGGUUGUAAAUGGCCGCAGUGUUUUCGGCCUGGACUCCGAGAUACCGGACAUACGCGAUGAGGAUAAGCUACUCCAGCAGAAUGGCCUAAACCCCGGGCAGAGUAAGAGGCCUGGCACGGCCACCUCCAGGAUGAGGCCCACUACUGGAAGAAGCCGGAAAGGCGCCACAGGAGGAGGCGGCGCCGAUGGAGGCAGAGGCGAUAGAGGUACCCGGCGAGGCAGAGCUGGAGUAGCGGCUGCAGGAGAUCCUGGAGAAGGAGCUGGAGCGAGCGGCGCCACUCGAAAUGGGCGGAACGGUCCCGGCAGCAGUAUGCUCGAUUCCCGGGACGAUGACAGCAGCUUCGGUAGCUCGGACAGCGAGCUGGAUGUGGGCGAAAUCAUGGGCAUGAGCGGGCUGAGUGGGAUCAGUGGCAUCAGUGGAAUCAGCGGAAUGACAGGCAUGGCCCUGGGUGCCGGGGACGAUGAUUUUGACCUAAACUCUAUCGAUGACAUCAGCAUUUCGAAAUUAACCGGGGAACUGCCGCUGCGUCCGAAAACAGCUAACAAAACGGAGCACCACAGUGACGAGGACUUUUAAGGAUUUACACUUGGGCGGACUUAUUU